UUCUUCACGGAGAAUAUUCUCAAACAAAUUCCAUAGUCCGCAUUAGGGCUCUUAGGCGCGAUGGAGUGUUUGCAGGCCGCGAGCUUGUUCCCGCUUGGAUUUCGGCGCCCAUGGCAGAGCAGAUCGAGAGCCCGGAUUACUGCUCCUCGAGCCUUAGCAGUGGAGAGCAGGCCGGAUUUCUUUCUUCUAGAGCUCGCAGAGAAGCUGGAGGACAGCGUGAGCAAGGGUGCUGGGGAGGAGAGGAGGAGCAAUCUCGUCUUGAAAGCCUUGCGGGAUGGAUCGGCCGAGGUCGCGGUUACGUGUAAGUGGCCUAGCAGCAAAGACGAAGCUUACAGGUUCACAAACGUGAAGUUUCUCAAGGAUUCAGAGAUCCAGCCGCUGAUACUUGGUGAAGAUGAAGUGGAGAGCUUGAGCUUUGAGGGCAUGGAAGACGAAGAAGAUGAGAGCAUCAGGCUGGUCUUCGUGGAUGGGAUCCUUUCUCCGGAAUUGUCGAAAGUCGAAGGAGUUCCUCCUGAAGUUUACGUUGGAAGUAUACUCGGUGCUCCGGAUGAGAAGCUCCAGAAGUACGUCGUCCCCAGGAUCGCACAGGCGUCAACCUUGAUAGACAAGGAUGCUUUCGUCUCCCUGAAUGGAAUUGGAGCGCUGGAUCUGGGUGUGGUGCUGGUUCCCAAGGACUUGAAGCUGGAGAAGCCUAUCCACGUUGUCUACUACUCGACUCCUCGCAAGAACUUGAAGAACCAGCUUGAACCUCAAGUCGUGUCAAUGACAAAUCCAAGGCUGCUCGUGGUGGCCUCCGAAGGAGCAACGGUCCAUCUGGUUGAGGAGUUCAGAGGAGGAACAGAGGAGAGCUCCCACUGGACGAAUUCCGUGUGUGAGAUUGUUAUCGAGUCGGGAGCUUCAGUGUCUCACGACUUGAUACAAACUCAAGAGCGAUCUUCUGUGAGCAUGAAAAAGACUUAUGUCUCACAGGAGAAAGCUAGUAGCUACAAGUGCGUGGACGUGGAACUUGGGAGCAAGCUAAGCAGGCACAAUCUCCACAUUGAGCAGCUUGGUUCCGACACUAAAACGGAUAUGUUAACGUUCCUGUUGUGCGGUCGUGAUCAGGUGCAAGACCUCCAUAGCCGGUUGAUACUGAACCAUCCCAGAGGCUAUGCAAGACAACUCCAGAAGUGCAUUGUCAUGAACUCAACAGGACAUGGUGUGUUUGAUGGCAACAUUCGCGUAAACAGGGAUGCGCAGCAAACUGAUGCUGGCCAGUUGAGUAGAUCCCUGUUACUCGCUCCGAGAGCUACAGUGAAUGCGAAGCCGAGCCUUCAGAUAAAUGCCGAUGAUGUCAAGUGCACCCACGGUGUAGCCAUCAGUGACUUGGAUGAAGACCAACUGUUUUACUUCCGAGCUCGUGGGAUAGAUGCUCAAACAGCACGCAGUGCGUUAGUGUUCUCCUUUGGAGCUGAAGUGAUUGAGAAGCUGGAGAGUAAGACGAUGCAGAAAAGCGUGGAAGAGUUGCUUAAAAGUUUGCUGCUUCGUGAAGGAGCUAUAUGAUUCGCUAUAAGAAAUAACCAGAAAUCGCUGUGCAUGCUUGGUUGUUUUAAUAUGAAAAGCUUAACUUGGUGGCAAA